GCCGGCCCGGCCCGGCCUCGCCCCGGCCCCGAGUGCUGCGGCCGGGCCCAGCGCCAGCGCCGCCGCCGCCGCCCCCGCGCCGCUCUCGCCCGGCUGCGCCGCCGCUCCCUCCGCACGGCUCCGCCGAGACACCGACGAGCCGGCGCAACCCAACCCGCUGCCGCCGAAAACAAGCGCUGACUGACGGCGACCACGACCAAUGGGAGAGCGCGGCGCGCAACGGGGCGGGCCCGGAUGGGCGGGACGAGGCGCCGCGGCCAAUCGGAGCGCAGGGUUUGGUUGGCCGGUCGCGGGGGGGGAGAGGGCGCACGGACGCGCGUUCCUAGAGCGGGGCGGGGCCGCCGGGCAUUGUGGGAAGGUGGCGGACCGGGCGCCCAUGGCGGGGCGGGCCGCGGUGGGACCGGACCCUCCCGUGACCGGGCCGAGCGCGGAGCCGCCGCCUCCCCUCGCCCUCUGCGGGCCCGCGGUUGGGCCACGCCGGGCGGGCAGGGCCUUGGCGGCCGCUGGGAUGGCGGCACAGGGCGGGCCCGGGCCCCGGGCGUUGCGGCUCGUCCCGCACCGCUCGGAGCCCUCAGCGGGUGCCUGGAGCGGGCCAGGCCCGGGCCUGCGUGGGCCGGGCCCGGCUCAGCCCGCAGACCCCGCCAGCCCGGCCGCCCAGCCCGCGGAGCCGAGCAGGGAGAGGCCGAGGCCUCGCCGUGCCGGCCCUGUGCUCCAGGCUCCGCUGCUGCCGUGUCCCACCCGAGCCGCACCGAGCCUGCCAGCUGAGCUCUCUGGGUGCCACCUCCGAGCCCUCCCUCGCUUUCUAUUCCUCCACACCGAGGGUCUCAGAGCUGGCUUUGUUCCAGCUUUCCUCACUGAUUCCUACCAGGUGCCCCACAGCCAGGAGGAGCGUUCCUCUCUCAUCACACACCUCUGGCAAAGGCAGCUGAAGAUUAUUCAGCAGACAGAAGCGCUCAGCACACCCAGGAUCAAAGCCACAGGAGCUGCUCCCUGUGACCUGGUGCCCUUUGGAGCUCCCAUGUCUGGACAGUCCUAAAGGAGACUGAGGUUCCUGGAACCCCUGCAGCACUGCCCUGACUGGGUGAGCCACUUGAGCUCUUUGCAUGUCCCCAGGCAGUGAGGGUAACACAGGGAACAAGUCUGGGGCUGCUAAAGAGUUCCCAAGUUGGAAUUUCUGGGGUGCUCUGAACCACAAGGUGCUGUGUGUUGGAAAUUAUGGUUUUGGUUGCCUUCUCCUGGGCAGGAUCAAAAUCUAAAGGCCAGCAGAUCCUGAAGAAAUUUCCACAGCUUGCCAAAAGAAAAAGAGCACUAAAAUUUGCAUCCAGCCUCUGGACUGCUUGCUUGGCUCCUGCAGAUGGGAAGUUUGGGUGCACAAACGUUGAGGUUUGAUGAAUCCUGAUCAAAGUGUUGAUUUUAAAAUGGCAGAACUGCCGGUCUCCAAGCAACAAUAGCCCAUCCACUCCCUCCCUUUCUGCCCUAAUGGAAAAGUUUAGGUGCUCAGAGGGUUCCCAGGAGGAUUGGGAUUUCCCUCAGCUCUGUCACCAGUGUGCUGUGCAAUUCCCCGGGCUCUGUGUCCCUGUUCCUGCAGUUCCUGAAAGUGUCAGGCCACUUCCAGAGCAGCUGUUCCCAUGGCCCACAUUUGCAGCAGUUAAUGCUGAGCCCGAAGAUGAGCCCCAUUUGUUUACAGAGGGGAAGAUCCCAAGGCCCAUCGAGAAGCAGAGGGCAGCACUGCAGACAUCUCAGAGCACCAUCCCUUUUCUCCAUUCUGGCCCCAUUUCUUAGCUGAUGUUUGAGAGCAGAGAGCAGCAGGCACUGCCAGGAUCCUGCCAGGCUGAGGGAGCUGGGUGUGUUCAGCCUGGAGAAGACCAAGAGGGGAUUUUACCAACAUCCACAAGGAUCUGAAGGGAGCUGCCAGGGGAUGGAGCAGUUUCUGCUCAGCUGUUGAGCAAUAGGACAAUGGGCAGAAACUGAUGCACAGGAAUUCCACCCUGAACAUGAGGAAGAACUUUCCUGUGCUGCUGACAGGGCACAGGUUGCCCAGAGGGGUUGCAGAGUCUCCUUCUCUUGUGAUAUUCAAAGGAGGAAUUUGUCUGGACUCUCUCUGGGUGCUGAUGGGGACCAGGGACCCAGCUGCAGAGCACGUGUCAAACAUUUCAGCCUCCCCCAAAAUUAAUUUUACAAGUUCUUCAAUUGCCUGUCGCAGGAAGAUGCCACGAGAUUUGAGUUCUCUGAAAAGAGGAGGAAAGGCAGCGAGAUCAAACAACUCUGACAAACGCAGCCCGUGACAGCAAUUGCUGGAUUAGUUUUUUUAAACCUUAUGUUUCACAUCUGGUUUGUCACGGUGUUGUAGGUGGGCUCAGUGCACAGUAAACUAGGGUAACAAACCUACAUUUUCUGUGAUCCUUUCAUCCCCUACGAUCCCAAAGCACAUCAUUUAAUUGCACUCAACAUGCACAGAGAUUUCAUAAAUAAAGGAACGAUGAAUUAGCAUAGCUGCUGCAGCAUU